CUUAUUAAAUAGAAAAUGGAUUAGAUUGAUUGAUAAUCAAUCAUGAGCUUACAAAGACUUGCUCAUGCCCUCGGCCCUCAAAGAGUGCGAGUAAUACUGAUGGGUUUUGGCUUUCUCUGUUUAUUCGCAGCAUUCUCGACUACAUCUGGAGUUGAGGCAACUGUUAUCGAUGGCUUCAAAGAUGACCACAGUAGUUUUAAAGGAUCAGGAUAUAUCAGCUUGUCAGUACUUUACAUAACUUUCGCUUUCUCAAACUGGUUCGCGCCUUCUGUCAUUGCAGCUUUUGGAGCCAAAUGGAGCUUGUUCAUAUCCAGCUUGAGUUACACAUUGUUCAUUGCGAUGUUCUUCUUUUUGAUCACAUGGGUGUUUUAUGCUCUUAGUGCACUUGUUGGACUUGGAGCUGCAGUGCUGUGGACAUCGCAGGGUGCAUAUUUAUCAAUGAACUCCAACGCAGAUUCUAUUUCAGUCAACUCAGCCAUAUUUUGGGCAUUGUUCCAAGCAGCAAAUGGUGGAGGCUUAAUCGCUACCUUUCUGUUUCAAGGAAAUUCGGGCGUUACAGACUCUCAGAGAACAGAGUUGUUCACCAUUUUACUCGCAGUAUCAGCCGCAGCCAACAUCAUUUUCCUCUUUCUUCCUCAAAGCGCGCUUAAAUCUGAAGGACAAAAUGAGCCAAACCAAAGCAGUAUUCAAAACAAAAUCGAAAUUCACACAGAACCGGAAGAUAGUGAAGCAGAUAAUUUUGUAGAUGCAGAUAGCCAGCAACUACUGGAUGAAAACGAAGAUGCUGUCGGAGUUCAAAACGUUGAAGCAGUACGUGGUAUCAAGGAUGCUUUAGUUAAAUCUAUGAAGCUGUUCGCCCAGAAAAGAAUGAUUCUACUGUUCUGGACAUUUUUCUACACAGGAAUUGUAACUAGCUUCAAUACUGGUAUCUAUGGAACUUGCUUGGGCAAUACUGCUUACUGGAAUAACUCAAAAAAUUUAGUCGGACUUACGACAACCGUUGUUGGACUGGGACAAAUUAUAGCCUGUUUGUUCGGAGGAAUGAGCAGAAGAUUGAAGCUGAGGGGCGAAACAGUUUUUCUCAUAGGGGGUGUAGUGCAUCUGUUAACCUUCCUUCUCAUCUUCAUCAACCUGCCCACUGACUCGCCAAUCGAACGCACUCUUGAGAAAGCAUACAUCAACCCCAAUGAAUACAUAGGCUUGGCCUGUGCUUUUCUCCUGGGCUUCGGCGAUGGCUGCAUUGAAACAGAGAUAAUGAAUAUUCUGGUCACGAAGUAUCCAGGUGAUUCAGCACCGGCAUUUGCACUUUUCAAGUUCUCACAAAGUCUGGCGUGUGCAGUGGCGUUCUUUUACAGUACAUAUCUGAACCUAAACUACCAGAUUGCUAUCGUUAUUUCAUGCAAUGUCAUAAGUUCUCUCGGCUUUUUUGCAGCUUCGGCCAUUUGAACUGCUUUUGCUGCCAAAUUAUAUUUUUGACUGAAAUGUUUAUCAGCUGUAUUUAUUUUUUUAAUCUAUUUUAAUUCGAAAUCAUAAAUGAUAAAUCCAAUUUAGCUAUUAGAUAUAUUUUUUAAAGUAAGCAAAUUUAA